CGUGGGAAGGGCCGAAAUAGCGCACACAUCCGGAUACCGCGACAAUUCAGUUCGCGAUGGUCGAGGUCUCUGCAGCAAGCGUGCGAGCGCAGUGGGGCGCCGGGCCAGCCGCGUCGUCGCCCGCAGCCGCCGCCCUCUCCAAGUCCUUCUCGUCGCUCUCAUCUUGGGGGCAGAACAUCAUGACGAACCUCCAAGCGCCAGCGACGCCAACGGCGUCCGAGGCCAGCACCGUCGGCUCGGAGCCCGACCUCGAGGGCGGCGAGGGCAGCGACGUGUCGCCGCUCUUGACGCCACAAGCCGCGCUGCAGUCGCUCUGGGGCAACAUCAAGAGCAAGAGCUCGUCGACCAUGUCGCCAGCGCAAAUGGAGGCCAUGAAGAGCUAUCCGCAGCGCUUCAAAACGUUCGUCAUGCUCAUCUUGCUCUCGGGCCUCUUCUUUGGCAUGGCCUCGCUCUUCUUGCCGCUCCUGCUUAUCCGUCCGUCCAAGUUUGCGCUGAGCUUCUCGCUUGGUAGUGUGCUUGCGCUCUCGGCGAUCGCAGCGCUGCGAGGCUGGAGGAGCUACUGUCUCUCGCUCGUGCAGCCCACGCACUUGCUACUGACGACGUUGUAUUUGAGCUCGCUCGUUACGACCCUCUACGCAUGCCUUAUCAUGGGCAGCUACGUCUACGUGAUUCUCAGCGCAUCGCUCCAGCUCAUUACGCUUGGGUACUUUCUCCUCUCGGCGUUUCCCGGUGGCGUCGCUGCGCUCAACACAACAGGUCGAAUUGUCGUCAAGAGCGCCAAGGGCAUUCUCAACGGCUGCAUCAAGCUCCUUCAGUGAGGCCUCAACUAUAUAUCUAAUAUACGCUUGAUUCAUUUUACAGCGACCA